UUUUACUUAGCAAGAAUGAGUAUCCGAAGAGUGGAUAAUAUUGUUCAGGCGGUGGGGUGGAAUGGCAGAGCUUGAAGAAUGUCUUCCAAGCAAGCCACCUCUCCAUUUGCCUGUACAGCUGAUGGAGAGGAAACAAUGACCCAGGAUUUGACCUCAAGAGAAAAGGAAGAGGGCAGUGAUCAACAUGCGGCCUCCCAUCUGCCUCUGCACCCCAUAAUGCACAACAAACCUCACUCUGAGGAGCUCCCGACGCUUGUCAGUACCAUUCAACAAGAUGCUGACUGGGACAGCGUUCUGUCAUCUCAGCAAAGAAUGGAGUCAGAAAAUAAUAAGUUAUGUUCCCUAUAUUCCUUCCGCAAUACGUCUACCUCACCACAUAAGCCUGACGAAGGGAGUCGGGAGCGCGAGAUAAUGAACAGUGUUACUUUUGGAACCCCAGAACGCCGCAAAGGGAGCCUUGCUGAUGUGGUGGACACGCUGAAGCAGAAGAAGCUGGAGGAGAUGACUCGGACAGAACAAGAGGAUUCCUCCUGCAUGGAAAAACUACUUUCAAAAGAUUGGAAGGAAAAAAUGGAAAGACUAAAUACAAGUGAACUUCUCGGAGAAAUCAAAGGUACACCCGAGAGCCUAGCAGAGAAAGAACGGCAACUCUCCACCAUGAUUACCCAGCUGAUCAGCUUGCGGGAGCAGCUCCUGGCAGCACAUGAUGAACAGAAAAAGCUGGCAGCCUCACAGAUCGAGAAACAGCGGCAGCAAAUGGACCUUGCUCGCCAACAACAAGAACAGAUCGCAAGACAACAGCAGCAACUUCUACAGCAGCAGCACAAGAUUAAUCUCCUGCAGCAACAGAUCCAGCAGGUUCAGGGGCACAUGCCUCCGCUCAUGAUCCCAAUUUUUCCACAUGACCAGCGGACCCUGGCAGCAGCCGCUGCCGCCCAGCAGGGAUUCCUCUUCCCCCCUGGAAUAACAUACAAGCCAGGUGAUAACUACCCCGUACAGUUCAUUCCGUCAACAAUGGCAGCUGCUGCUGCUUCUGGACUCAGCCCUUUACAGCUCCAGAAGGGUCAUGUCUCCCACCCACAAAUUAACCCAAGGCUAAAGGGCAUAAGUGACCGUUUUGGCAGGAAUUUGGACACCUUUGAACAUGGUGGUGGCCACUCUUACAACCACAAACAGAUUGAGCAGCUCUAUGCCGCUCAGCUGGCCAGCAUGCAGGUGUCACCUGGAGCAAAGAUGCCAUCAACUCCACAGCCACCAAACACAGCAGGGGCGGUCUCACCUACUGGGAUAAAAAAUGAAAAGAGAGGGACCAGCCCUGUAACUCAAGUUAAGGACGAAACAACAGCCCAGCCGCUGAAUCUCUCAUCCAGGCCUAAGACAGCAGAGCCCCUGAAGUCCCCAACAUCUCCCACCCAGAGCCUCUUCCCAGCCAGCAAAACCAGCCCCAUCAACCUGCCAAACAAAAGCAGCAUCCCCAGCCCCAUCGGAGGAAGCCUGGGGAGAGGAUCCUCCUUAGAUAUCCUGUCCAGUCUCAACUCUCCUGCCCUAUUUGGGGACCAGGACACAGUGAUGAAAGCCAUUCAGGAGGCUCGGAAGAUGCGAGAACAGAUCCAACGGGAGCAGCAACAGCAGCCACACGGAGUUGAUGGGAAACUAUCCUCUAUGAACAACAUGGGGCUGAGCAACUGCAGGAAUGAGAAGGAAAGAACACGUUUUGAGAACCUGGGGCCUCAGUUAACAGGAAAGUCAAAUGAUGAUGGAAAGCUGGGCCCAGGUGUCAUCGAUCUCACUCGGCCAGAAGAUGCAGAGGGAAGCAAAGCGAUGAAUGGCUCUGCAGCUAAACUACAGCAGUAUUAUUGUUGGCCAACAGGAGGCGCCACUGUGGCUGAAGCACGCGUCUACAGGGAUGCCCGCGGCCGUGCCAGCAGCGAGCCUCACAUCAAGCGACCAAUGAAUGCGUUCAUGGUUUGGGCAAAGGAUGAAAGGAGGAAAAUUCUUCAGGCCUUCCCUGACAUGCAUAACUCCAACAUUAGCAAAAUCUUAGGGUCUCGCUGGAAAUCCAUGUCCAACCAGGAGAAGCAACCUUAUUAUGAAGAGCAGGCCCGGCUAAGCAAAAUCCACCUAGAGAAGUACCCCAACUACAAGUACAAACCCCGGCCGAAGCGCACGUGCAUCGUGGACGGCAAGAAGCUCCGGAUCGGGGAGUACAAGCAACUGAUGCGCUCCAGGCGGCAGGAGAUGAGACAGUUCUUCACUGUGGGGCAACAGCCUCAGAUUCCCAUCACCACAGGAACAGGUGUUGUGUAUCCUGGUGCUAUUACUAUGGCAACGACCACACCAUCACCUCAGAUGACAUCUGACUGCUCUAGCACCUCUGCCAGCCCGGAGCCCAGCCUUCCCGUCAUCCAGAGCACGUAUGGUAUGAAGAUGGACGGCGCAAGCCUGGCUGGGAACGACAUGAUUAAUGGAGAGGAUGAAAUGGAAGCCUAUGACGACUACGAAGAUGAUCCCAAAUCAGACUAUAGCAGCGAAAAUGAGGCCCCAGAGCCUGUCAGUGCCAACUGAGGAGCUUUUGUUUGCUGAAUUAAAACACUCUGACAUUUCACCCCCUUUCCCCAACAACAACAACAAAGUUCUUAAAGAGCCCGCAUGCAUUUGUGGCUCCACAAUACAUCAGCAGAAUGGUCUUAAUUGCUUCGUAACGUGUGAGAGAGAUUACGUUUUCCUGAUUUUUCAUAAACUUGAGUUUUUGUCGUUACCGUUCCUGUUGUUGUUUAUUUAGGUGAAGACGUAUUAAAUACGAGACACCGGGACUUGGACACCUAUCUCCGCCCACCGCCGUCUUACUAGUCUUACAUUUCUGUCUUACUAUUUUUCUUUUGGAUGUUGACAAAGGGUUUAAGUUACUGUUUUAGAUGGGGUUAAACAUUCUCACUCAGGUAUGCUGUGCCGGCUACAGGUUGUGAAUGUGUUUUUAUUCUGAAUUACUUUAGAAAACAACUGAGGAUUUCCUAUUGUGAAAGCAGACAAGUCCACGGCAUGUGCGGCUGCAUAUAGAACAUGUUUAAAAGGCCUCAGAAUUCCAUUUGUUUUUCCAUGUGUAGAAUUCAACUUUGAAUGUGCCAAACUUUUUUUCAUAACUUUUGAAUCUUAACUAUUUUGAAAGUCUUACAGGAGACACUGCAAAGUCUUAGACAAUCUUUGGCAUCUUAAAAUAAAAUAGCAAACCACACUUUUUUUUUCCAGAAAAUGGUGAAGUACUCAGGAAUCUGGAGACAAGAUAUUGUAAGGAAUGAGCAAAGCUGCCACAGUGCGUGAACCCAAUUGUGUUUGCCUCUUGACGUGCCAUCAGUGUGUGGCGUGGGAUGACAUUUGCACCAGAGCAAUCACCACACCAAACACCAACAUGGUGGUCUCCACUGCCUGGGACCACCUCUCACUACAUCCAUUCUCCCCUUGCCUUUCACCCUGACAUUCAAUCUUAACACAUUGUUCUCUUAAAUAAUUUAUUCAUUCCAGAAUGUCAAGGGUCCACUUAUUAUUUAUUUUAAAAAUUAUUGGUGGCAUUAAUUUAAUAUUUUUUUUUGCCCUCUUCACCCUUUCACCUCUCUUUCCUGCUGGAUACAAAAGAUGUACAUAGCAAUCUCGUGUCCCCAGAGCCCCUGGAAACAUUUCUGAAGUGAUGCUAGUAAAUGCAUAUAUUGUUGUUUUAGAGAUGGCCGCAUCUGGCUGCAGGGUUGUGCAUCUGUAUCAAGGGGCCCUCCAUUUAAACACGUAUGCCCCUGUGAGUCACUGUGACCUCAGGUCUUUGACUAGAGUUUCUCCCUCAUUCAGUUUUCAGUGCAGUAGAACCUGAGUUCCAUUCAGCAGUCAGGGUCAGCAGUGGUUACUGCCAGUCCAGGGGCUUCUCAAAGCAGCUCUGAAGCCCAGGGUCCAUGGGCCACACAGGGGUCAAUGGUGGAGCUGGCGUGCUGUCACCUUUAUUGAAAUACCUGGUUCCAGCUGGCACACCCAUGGAGAUCUUUGCAAGGUCUAUAGGAUGUUAGAAGCCUCAAAGGAAAGGAAACCAGAGGGAAGGUGAGCUAUGGGUGCUGCUAGCCCAUAGGACAGAUGGUGUCUGGGGCAGCCCACCAGCUCCUCUGGAAGACCCUAUUUUCUCAGUGGCUCCUUGUGAAUGAGGUGAUGUGCUCCUGCCACUCAAGGUUGGCUCUAAAGACAUUCUGCUAACUACAGGCAGUUAGUUCUGUUUGAGUUCAACCUUCCUGAACCCAGGUUGCUUACCAGGAGCCACACUCAGAGACCUUCAGUGGGAGGUGUCAGUGAACAGGACAGCCCAGAAUCUGAGCAUCAGGACAAAGAACAGCUCCAUCCAAUUUUUGAGCCAUUUUGUCACUUGGGAGAAAGUAGUAAAACUUUGUAUUUAUUUAAAGAGUGCUCGGGCCAUACCUAAUAGCAAUAAAUAGGUAUAGCCACGAGAUGAGCAGCUGCGCCCUUAGCUGUGAGUGCUCUCCAUAAGCUGUUUAAGGUACUGAUAGGAAUGUUUUGUUUUGUUUUAAUAUUGCUUGGGGAUUGGAACUUUGUUCUUGUACAUUGAUUUUUAUAUGAGGAGGGGGUUACUUUUCAAAAACAAAAUGAGUAUUUAUUAAGUCUUACUGAUUUCUUGGGAUUCUUUGUCUCCUCCUCAGUUUCCCCUCUUCUCUUUUGGCUUCUGCCCUCAUUGGUAUGUUUGUUUUGUUUUACUUUGUUUGUUCCAUUUUUUUUUAAAUUGUGCUGCAUAGGUAGAGUGUUGUAUGGCUAGCGUUGUAUUGUAUGUAAUUAAUUUUGCACAAAGGCAAGCAUUUAGCAUAGUAGUUAAUUUUGUUUGUUUUUAUGACCAUGCCAAAAUAAUAUUCUGGGCUGGUAGAGAACAAAGGACUGUUCUUUAGGAUUGAAACUUGAUUUUGCUUGUAGUAAGAAAAAGAAAAAGAAAAAAAAAAAACCACACACACUCACAGAUGUCGUUUCGUAAGUGUUACAAGCACUGGAUAUAAAUGGUAUUUUUAUCACUGACUAAUGUGAAACUGGUAUGGAAACUACAUGAACAAAAGUCAUCUGUUUCGACUCGUGUGGGCUUGCCUCACAGUUGCCGGAUCUGAGUCAUUUUUAUGUCUUGUUAUUUCAUUUAUUUAUGCAAAAUACAUGUGUGUAGGAACGCUCUGUGUCAGCUGUGGCUCUGCCUCAGCGCUGGGGUCCAGUGACUUCUAGACAUGUUCUCAAAUACAAAAGCUGUCCGGGAAUGACUGGGUGUGAGCGCCUCCUUCAUCGGCUCAGACAGUGAUGCUGUAUUCGAAUCUAAAUUUUGUGCAUACACAGUUUAUUCUAUUUAUUAGCCACAUUUGGCUCUAAAUAUCCAUGGGAAUGGAGAAUGACAAUCACAGAGAUCACUUACAUCAGUGGGGCUUAAACAAAGUCUUUAUGACUUCACCAUCUCAUUUUUAGAGUUUUCUAAUUGUGUAAAUAUAACAUAGAAAUAGAAUUUAUUUUUGGUUCAUGAAUUCCUAGUGAAAAAUAAGUUAUGUAUCUUCUUUCCGUUCUCUAUUCAUGUCUUGCUCCACACUGAAAGCUGGCCAGUCACAUUUAGUAUGGACAGAGAGUCAUCAGCUCCGGUGAGGCAGUGUUCACCCCCAGCCAAGACAGCAGGACCCCUACUUGGUUCUCGUGUAGUCUGGAACCCACUGACUCAGACUUCCCCCCUUUCCUUCUAAAAAGCUGAGCAGUUGCACACACUGAGAUUCCAGCAGAGCUAGGAGAAAGUCAGUUUGCUUUGCAAAUCCAGACCCGUCUGCCCAGAUAGUUCUGAGGCCCCACCAUGGCAAGAAGCAGGAGUUGCCUUUCAGAGGUAAAGAUCUUCCAGAUAGUAUAAACCCCACAGUACCAAGGCAAGGGGAACCUGUGUUUCCUUCCCUCUUUUAUACUAGCACUAAAUCAAAGCCUGGGGUUUUCUCCAUUAUCAAAGAAUUCACAGGAUCAGGCUUUUCUUUGUCAACUGGGAACAGCAGUAUUGCUAGACAAUCCUCUUAUUAAUGAACAGGCUCUAUGGAAUAGGAAGGAAAGGAAGAGGGGAAGGAAUAAAGGGACACAGAGAGAAGACUUAUCCAUCCAUGGGCAUGAGAAGCCUGGUUGGCAGUUUCUCUUCCUCACUGGCAAAUUCUAGGCCAUGUUGUUUUCGCAAAUGCUCUCUCAACCUUUCAGGUUUGCAUCAUGUGGUAUUUGAUAGCUUCUAGCCUGUCCUCAGCCUGAAUUCCUUCUACAAUGCCUGAAACCAACCUCCAGGCCAGGUUCUAAAUUCAGGUGUGGACUCAGAAUGCCAUUCCACUUGUCAAAUGCAGGCCUCGUCUGGACAUUAGCCCUAUGUGAGCUGGGAGUGCUAAAAAAAAAAAAAAAAAAAAAAAUCUAGUGAUCUCUAGUGAUCCCUCUAGAGAUGAAAAGAGGCUUCUGUAGAGCCAGGUUACAUCUCUAGUAAACAGCCUCCUGAGCCAGGAGCUCAGCAAUUAAGGAUGACUACCUCCCUAAGCAGAAAUAUGGCCUGGACACACUGAUGCUACAGAUGAGGCUGUUGCUCUCCAGCCACUCAGUCUCAAUAAAUUGACUCUACCAACUCUUGAGGAAAAGAAAACACAAAUUACUUAAUAGUUUUGAGCCACAGGAGAAGACCUGUACCAAGUGCCAACAACUGUGCGCUGUGUCUAGCGGAAUCGUUUGAUAGGAAGGCCGGGUCUUCCUCUUUACUAAAAAAGGGGCAACCACAUUGACCAUAGCCUUGCCUGAUGUCCACAUUUCCCUCAAGGACUGAGCUGAUACUUCGGUUCAUUCUCAAAGUAUAAUGACGGUGGUCUCACUUGCACUGCUUUUUUUGUUUAGGUCCUCUACUCCUGACAUGGCUUAUGAUUAUUAUUUUUUUUUUAUGAGCAGCUGUCUCCCUUGCCGACCACAUUGUUUCUGACACCACAUACUCUCGAUUGUGGCCCUGCACAUCAAAACCAGAUUGAAAAAUCACAAUAUUCAAGCGCAGGUUUGUUUUUUUUUUUUUUUGUCCCCAUCCUGUCCUUUCCAAAUACUGGCACUCUGGCACUCGAGGGCAGAGGUGGAGGGAGUCAGAGAGGGGCGAGAAGUUAAGGCUUCCUGCAGAUUCCCAUCUAUUGACAAAGGAGCUGGCAGAAGGCAAGUAGGUGAUGUUUCUUGCUGGUCUUGUUUCCACAGAACUGCAGGGAUAGAGCAGGGCUUCAGUGCGGGCACUUUUGGAGUCUGGGGAAUGUGCAAAUAUUUUGUUGUCAUUGCAGGUCUGCUGGUGUGCACCCGCCAUUGUCUGUCUUCGUCACAUAUGCAUUUGCUCUCUCUCUUUUUAAAACUCAGCCUUCAUUGUAUCCUUCUUCAGCUUGUAGCACAUUAGGAUGUUUAGCACUUGUUUUUGCUCAUUCUUGUAUUUGCCAUGUACAAUUUUGAAUUACCCUAUACAAGCCUCUAAGCUGUUACUACAUAACUUAUCUUACUGUAACUCUUUUCUUUGCCUACAUUGUAAUUUGUUUGUGAUGUAUAUUGUGAGAUUGUAUUCUAUGUUAAUUUAAUCAGCACAACUCACUGACAUGCUGGACUGACAUGCUGGCUGCUGUUUUGAAGUGUAAAGCUUGUGUAGGGCUGUCCAGACAACUACAACUCUGUUGUCAAGGUACUGUGCAUUGGUUCCCAUAGCAACACUGUGGGUGUGACCCUCUAGACUCUAGGGACAUUAAGCACACCCUCCAGCAAAUUUUAAGUGCAGAUUUUUUUUUUUUUUUUUUUUUGUUGAAACUCUAUGAAUACCACAGGUACCUACUUGGCCCAUGGCUGGUAACUAUUUUGGGCAAUUAGCAAAACAAACAAGCAUUAAAAAACUAGUGUCUAUUGCUGCUUUGAAUAUGUUUGAAAGUCUGAAAAUGUAAAUAGUUUAUCGAAAAAAAAAUUCUUGUACAGUCCAGUGUAAAGUUUUUAAAUGACCUGAAGGGUUACCAUCACAGCUUUUGUGCACUCUCCUCUGGAUAGUGAUAAAAAGAAGUUUGCUAAGGACUUAAAGAAAUGGGAAAAAAACAACAACAGAAUCUCUUCGAAUUGAAAGGAGUGGAUCACUGCCCUUAGCUUUGUCACAUACACAGACCUCUUGGAUCUUGUUGGACAGUAUUGGCAUGAGACAAACUCAGCAUGGAACACCCUGCAGUGGGACUUCUCUGGGCUUUCCUGCCCUGCCUCACGAUUAAGGGAAAGGAGGAGACAGAAAGGCGUGCCGUCUUUGUCUAUCCUGGAAUACAUUGGCACCUUAGCUACUUUCCCCCUCUUUGCACAAGGUGCUUUCCUGACAUGUGUUAGACACGCCAUCCUUGGGUGACAAUGUAUAUGCCAUGAUGGGGCUCAGGCCCGCGGGGGAGUGUCUAUAGGAACUGCCUAUUUAUGCUCAUUUACCUCAAGACUGUCCUCUACCCUAAACUAGUUGUCAUCACUCCAUCUUUUGUACUGCUGUUGACACUUACCAAUUAAAGAUAAAUUUUGUUUUAUGA